AUCAUUUUAUAUUUAUAUUUAAUUAAGAUCAAUAAAAUGGUAAUCAAAAUGUAAGCGUGGUUAUAAUAGACAUAAGCUAUCACUUUUAUGACUUUAUUAUCACGAUUUGCCAUUUAUACAAAACGUAAGGCACGUGCGAACUACAUCGUGAUUUUACCAAUCAUAUCAUCUUUAUUACUCAGUCAUAAAGAGUAAUCCAACUGAAAAAUACACUUAACAAAACAUAUUCACUAUCUUAGCGUGUGCGAGACUAAUAUAUUUAUGAUCCAUGGAAGCCCAGUUUAAACCCGGGUCGAACUUAGCCAAAUUCCUCGACAACAAUGAUCUUCUCGGAUACGUCCGACAAAAAUUUUACAUAAAGGAAAACUAUAUUUACAUGUGUGGAAACUCACUAGGGCUAGCUUCCAAAGAUUCCGAAGAUACAGCUCUAAAAGUUUUUGACAAAUGGAAGAACGAAGGUGUAAACAUUUGGAAUGUAGAUGAUAACAAAUACUAUAUGUAUUCAAUGCAUCUAGCUAAAUUAAUGGCACCCAUCGUUGGAGCAGAUCACGAUGAAAUCGCCAUCGUGUCAGCUACCACAGUUAAUAUCCAUCAGCUGAUAAGCACGUUUUACAAACCCACCAAGGAUCGUUACAAAAUCCUAUUAGACAAUAUUAAUUUUCCGACAGAUAGGUACGCCAUUGAGAGCCAAGUAAGAUUAAAGGGUUACACACCGGAAGAAGCGAUAAAAGUAGUCGAAUGUGCUGACAAAUAUAUCAAAGAAGAGGACGUUAUAGCUGCCAUGACAGAAGAUGUCGCAAUAGUGUUUCUACCAGUUGUCUAUUACAGAACAGCUCAAGUCGUAGAUACAAAGAAAAUAACCGAAGCCGCAAAAAAGAGAGGUAUUCUAAUUGGCUGGGACUUAUGCCACGCAGUUGGAGUACUUGAAAUGGAUUUUAAGUCUUUAGAUAUAGAUUUCGCUGUGUGGUGCACUUACAAAUACCUGAACGGCGGUCCUGGUUCACCUGCCGCUCUAUAUAUUAACAGGAAGCAUUUUAAUCACCAGCCUGGGUUAGCCGGGUGGUUUGGAAACCGAUCGGAGACACAAUUCAUGUUAAAGCAAAAUUUCGAACAUCGGAAGGACGCUGGGGGCUGGCAGAUAGGAACACCGGCUUUGUUGUCAAUGGGAGCUUUGGAGGGAUCCCUCAAGAUGUUUGCUGAUGUCGGCAUGGUGGCGAUUAGGAAGAAAUCAUUGCGGAUUACGGGAUACCUUAUUUACUUGAUUGAUGAGAAGUUGAGCAAGUUUGGUUUUUCGGUUGGCAAUCUGCGUGAAGACAGUAAGCGAGGCGGGCACGUGUGUCUGGAGCACGACGAAGGUUAUAGAAUAUCUUUGGCAAUGAGAGCAAGAGGUGUGAUCCCUGAUUUCAGAGACCCCAACGUGAUACGUCUGGCCCCAACUGCUCUAUACACUAGCUAUGAGGAAGUAUACAAUAUGGUGGAUAUUAUAAUCGAUAUUGUUACAAAUGAAACUUAUAAGGAAUUUAGUUUAAAACGCAAUCUAGUUGUAUAGGUAGGUAAUAUUUAUUAGACACGGUUAUUAAUUUCAUUGUAAAUAUCAUUAAAAUCAUAUUUAAGACCCUUUUAUCACACAAUACAAGGCGAACGCAAUUAUUCCAACUUCCUCGAUCUACGACCAAUUAUUUACGAAACUCGGUUAUGUAUCGUAUACCUAUAGAUUACAACAUAAAUUACCAGCAAAUCGAUAUAUUUAAUGUGACUAAAACAUUCUUAAAAAAUAUUUUAUCUUUUAC